GGUCCACACUGAGAACAAUGAGGCUGGUCAUCCUCGUGUGCCACCUCGGCCUAAUUCUGAAGACUGAUGCCCAGAUCCCAGAGGCUUGCAUUCUUAGUGACACAAAUAGACCUCCAGAAAAUACGGACAUAACUGUGACCUGUGGCACACAGUAUAUGGGCCUGAGCAUCUACAUUUGUCCAGUGUACCAAGCUCUUUACAAUGAGUCCCUGAUGGUCCUCAAUAAUCAGAUCAACAAACCCCAGUGCUUUGGGACUCCUGACUGGACUGUUGACCCACCAGUUUUAAAGUUCAAGUUCCCCAUUAAUGGCACCGCCUUCUCUGACUGCAAUAAUUACUUUCAGAUAACCAAUCAGGUUGGGAGUGGAAUAUUCUCUGACUUCUCAAAUGUCCAGUACGUCAACAUCUCCGGUGCCAUUACUUCUACUGACCCCUCAGCAGGUAUGAUCACCUAUCGGCCGCAGGUCCUCUACAGGUUCUCCUGCAAAUACCCGAUGCAGUAUCUGCUCAACAACACUGAGCUUGGGCGUGUGAGUGUGAAUCUUGCCAUAAAAGACAACAAUGGUAGCUUCAUCAGCACACUGAGCAUGGAGCUCUACAAGGAUGAGAAGUACACAGAGAGGCUAUCUAUCCCAGAGACAGGACUCAACCUGAAGACCAAAAUUUAUGUCGCAGUCAAAGCUACCAAUCUGACAGAGAGGUUCAACGUGCUGCUGGACAGAUGCUACGCAACUACAAGUCCAUAUCCCAUGCAGUCUACGUAUUACGAUCUUUUUAUAGGGUGUUCACGGGGUGCACAGACUAAGGUGGAGCUCAAUGGCAUGUCACAAAAGGCACACUUCUCCUUUGAGGCGUUCAGAUUUGUGGAGCACAAAAAUCAGACGGUUUCCACUUUCUUUCUGCACUGCGCCACCAGACUCUGCGAGACGCCCACGUGCAGAUCAUUAUUGCCCGUCUGUGGUAACAAACAAAACAGGAAAAGGAGGGAGGCACAGUAUAUGUCGAACAACACUACAGUUUCCUCUCCCCCCAUUACCGUAGCCAGCCAGAGGACUGGCGGGGCACCUGGUUAUGAUGCGUCCAAAGGAUCAGGAGAUUCGCACACUUAUUUUGCUCCUCAAGGACAAUAUGAAAGUUAUUUGGCUUCUCAAGGAGGGUCACCUAAGAGCAGCUACAGCGGCCCCAUGAUGGCUUUAACCAUCUGCAUUGCCAUUAUUAUCAUCUGACCACCAGAGAUUAUCCGAUCCCAGGUUCUGGGAAUUCGCAGGCAAAUAGAUACGUUGUUUUCCCAGUGCCCCAAACAGUUGCUUAGAUUGUGCAUCCUUACGGUGCACCCCAGCUCACCAUUUACCUUGGGAUGGUAGAAAACCAAUCAUGUCGUAACAGAGUCCUUUUUUCCUUCAGUACCUUCCACACUGUGAAUGUUACAGUGUCUAAAAUCACAGAUUGUUAGUGUCAAGAUGGAGAGGGGGGUGGGUAUAUACAGUAACAGUAUUAUAAUCAAAUACUAGUUUUAAUCACAGGUGUCAGAGUCAUACUGAAUUUCAUGAAUGUUGGGAACUUCAUGAGUAAGAAACGGUGUAAUUUUUUAUUGUUUUUUAAAUCCAUUAAAUGCUUUUCAUCCUUUUUUUUGACUGCCUCUUAAUGGUAAACAUUUGUCAAGUUGAAUACUUGCAAAUGCAACUAAAUAUAGAUAUAAUUACUCUGUAUUGUUGUGCUAGUUUCAAAGGGGUUAUACUAUAAAUUACAUUGCAAUAAAGAAUUGCUAUGG